AUGGAGGAACAGGGCUGCCUCUCCAAACAAGAGACAAGAGCAGUUUCUGCAGUUGCUCUACAGGAUCAUAUAAUAAACAAUCAUCAGCUGCAGGAUCCUUUAACAUUCUAAGUCAAGGACAAGGAAUACCAACAACUUUUACAAAUCCCAUGAAUAAAAGAAAUAGUCAGUGCAAUAGCAAAUACUGGACUAAGAAAAAAGAACAAAAGCAAGGAAGAUGCAGAAAAGGAGAAUCUUCUUGACCCCAGUGCUCCACAGCUGACAUUAGCUGAGCACCCUUCCUUGUCAUUUCCUGCUGAAGAAUGGGUAAAAAGAAAGAGCUCCACACAGCAUGGGAAAUCCAUACAGUGCUGCCCAAUAUUCAGGAAGGAAUUUGCAAUUCGACCCAGGGUGCUGCAUUCAUGUUCCCAUUGCCUGAAAACCUUUGAAAAAUUUACAGGUAGAAAUUGUCCCAUGUGUAGAAAAGAGCAGGAUCAGACCAGAGUAAUACAUGAUGGGGCAUGCUUAGUUAAAUUGAAUUAAUUAGGUAAAAUUUAAGCUUCCUGGCGGGGAUAUAUUAUUGGAAAAGAGUCUAAAGACUUAAGGGAAGCAGUGCCUCCUAAGGAUAGAAAAUUAAGAAAGCAACUGUUUGAAAAAAUGCUUUGCUAUAUUUGCUUCCUUGGUCUUGUUCCUUGGGGCAAUUCAGCUUCCUUAAACUAG